UUGUUCAUUCUCUGGCUCUCCUCUUCUUCUCUUUGCUUUCGGUUUCCUUCCCACCUGGUUUUCCUCUUCAUUCCUUCUUCUCCCUUGUUGAUGCGACCUUCAGAUUAUUCCAUUGUUGUUCGUCUCUAACAUUGUAAUAAUAUAUUUAGAUUUGUUCAAGAAUAUCAAGUCGUGAUCUUUAAUGAAGGGCUCGAUGCUGGAGGGCGGAAAGGCAGCAGCUCGGUUUUUCUCUGGGGAAAGAGGCAUGGUCCCUGGCCUUGGUCAUGGCCGCAGAAACAAAAACUCCAGUGUUGGUGAUUGUUCUUCCAUUUUAAGCACGAAUGGAAGUUCUCAAGGUUUUUCUUUCUUCGAGUUUGACGUAGCUUCUUCUGCCAUUAAUAAUAACGACGUCUCCCCUUCUUCUCCGUUUAGAAAUUAUCCAUGGCCUCCUCAGCCUCAGGUGAACCGAGACUGUCAAGAUAAAGAUGAAGAUUAUUGGAAUAAUGAUGAUGAUCAAUGUAAAUCUCCUAAUGUGCUUAUGGGAUCAUUGAUACGUGAAGAGGGACAUAUAUGCUCAUUGGCCACGUCUGGUGAUCUUUUGUAUACGGGUUCUGAUGGCAAGAAAAUUCGAGUGUGGAAAAACCGGAAGGAGAUUUCUGGGUUUAGAUGGAAUACUGGGUUUGUUAAAGCAAUUUUAAUAUCUGAAGAUAGAAUAUUCACAGGGCAUCAAGAUGGGAAAAUAAGGUUAUGGAAAUUAUCGUCAGAAAAUCCAUGCAUUCACAAGCGAGUUGGGACUCUACCAAAAUUUAAAGAUCAUGUCAAGAGCUCAAUGAAACCCAUUAAACGCAACAGAAGCAUGGUUUGGCUCAAGAAAGUUGAUGCCAUUUCAUGUCUUAGCUUAAGCGAAGAUAAGACACUUCUUUACUCUGCGUCACGGGGCAAAUCAUUCAAAGUGUGGAGAAUUUCAGACUCAAAAUGCCUCGAAACCGUCGCAGGUCACAGGGAUGCAGUGAACUCCAUUGUAUCAGGAUUUGAUGGUUUGGUAUUUACAGGCUCAGAAGAUGGAAGCAUCAAAGUUUGGAGAAGAGAAAUGAUGGGGAAAGGAACAAAGCACUUCUAUUCUCAAACGUUAUUGAAACAAGAAAGUGCAAUUACUACGCUCGCUGUAAACCCUGAAGCCACCGUUAUCUACGGUGGUUCAUCAGAAGGGCUCGUUAACUUCUGGGAAAGGAAAAUGAAUCUCUCCCAUGGCGGCGUUUUAAGAGGGCACACGUCGGCGGUUCUGUGUUUAAUCACAGCAGGGAGCCUUGUGUUUAGUGGGUCAGAGGAUACAGGAAUAUGCGUGUGGAGAAGAUUAGGAAGAGACCAUAUAUGCUUGUCAUUGUUAAGUGGGCAUACAGGGCCUGUUAAGUGUUUGGCAGCCGAGAAAGAUGAUACAUCACAAGAGACCACAUGGAUUUUGUAUAGUGGAAGUCUUGAUAAGUCUGUGAAGCUAUGGCGGGUGUCUGAAAAUGCUCCUCCGGUGGCUUGGAAUGGGUGUGCUAAUGCCAUGCCGAUUUCGCUGCCGCCUGCUCGAAGCUCUGAUUGUAGCAGAAGGAAGCAUACAAGGUAUUAGAAACAAAAGAGUGCUUUUCUUACAAUGCUUAGACCAAAUCUACCGUAACUCAUAAUAUAAAUAUAUAAAAUUUAAUAUAAACCUAUUAUAUAUUUAUAUCA